UCGAGCUCUAAGCUUCUUGUAUAGCCUUCACACCCAACUGGCGUGAACGCUUCCCGUCUUCCUCUCUCGCUCACAAACCACGACUCCAUGGAAGCGGCUGGCGCCAUCGGCAUCCCCCAACGGGUACAGGCCCUCUCGGAGGCUGGCCUCUCUCACCUCCCGCCCCAAUACGUCCAGCCCCCCGACCUCCGGCCGGAUCCCUGCCGCCGAGAGGCUGCGUCCCCCGGCGGCGUCCCCGUCGUCGACCUCGACCCCUCCGUGGACCCCCUCCCGGAGCUCCGUGGCGCGUGCGCGGAGUGGGGCGCCUUUCAGGUGGUGAACCACGGCGUCCCCGCGCGGUUGCUGGAGGAGAUGAAGGCCGCUGGCCUCGGCUUCUUCCGCUCCCCCAUGGAGACGAAGCUCCAGUACGCGUGCGACCCCGGGGCGGCUGCGUCCGAGGGAUACGGUAGCCGUAUGCUCGCCAAGGAUGACGGGGUGCUCGAUUGGAGGGAUUAUUUGGACCACCACACGCUCCCGGAGCCCCGCCGCAACCCUAGCCGGUGGCCAGACUUUCCUAACAAUUACAGGGAUAUUGUGGUGGAAUAUAGCAACAAUAUGAAAGAGCUUGCUCAGAAGUUGUUACGUAUUAUCUCCGAAAGUCUUGGCUUACCAACUUCAUAUUUUGAAGAGACAGUUGGAGAAGUUUACCAGAACAUAACUAUCAGCUACUACUCCCCUUGUCCGCAACCAGAUCUUGCUCUUGGUUUGCAAGCCCAUUCUGAUAUGGGUGCCAUAACUCUUCUAGUACAAGAUGAUGUGGGUGGUCUAGAAGUUUUGAAAGAUGGGGAAUGGAUACCUGUACGACCAUUAUCCAAUGCAAUCAUUGUCAUCUUAGCUGAUCAAACAGAGAUCAUAAGCAAUGGUUUAUUUAAGAGUUCCAUACAUCGUGCUGUUGUCAAUGCCCAUCGUGCCCGGUUAUCUGUUGCCACGUUCUAUGACCCAUCAAAAACUAGGAGAAUAUCGCCUGCUCCUCAACUUGUCACCGAGAGCUGCCCACUCAAGUAUCAGGGGGUUUUCUAUGGAGAUUAUGUUUCAUCGUGGUAUAGCAAAGGUCCUGAAGGCAAGCGCAACAUUGACGCCCUUCUGAUUCACCACUAGAAGAUACCUGCUCUGUCCUUGCUUCACGAAUUCAUUAGUUGAUCAGGUUCGAUCGCAUUGUCUCAGGAACCUACCCCUACAGGUUGCCAGUUUGGUGGGAAACCUCUGAGUCCUGGAAUUUAAUGUAAUCCAACUUAGGCCUUUAAAGUUGUAAGAGGGCUUUUGGUAUAUUUCAAAAAUAAAAGUAAAGCCAUAUUUCAUUCAAUUCAAAAUAAAUUAUAUUAUCUGGUA